AUGGAGUUCCUUCAAUCCCUAUAUCUGGGUAAACUAUUGGAAUAUUUUUCACAAAACCAAAAACUCACGGCAAGGGAGGCAUAUAUUUAUGGACUAGCCGUGGUUUUGUCUAUUUUAAUUCGAGUUCUAAGUUUCCAGUUCCAUUAUUUGGAAACUUACAGCACUGGUUUGAAAGUUCGUACAUCUUGUUCCUCUUUAAUUUAUAGGAAGAUUUUAUCAAGGAGUCGUUGGACUAGGAAUAAUGGUUAUUUUUUCACUUUCUCAAUAGCUGUUGGUCGAGGACAAAAAGUGACUAGAGAAAGAGACAAUCGGAUACGUAUAAUGAACGAUAUUAUUUUUAGAAUGAGGGAAAUCAAAACCUAUGCUUGGGAGACGCCUUACGCUGAGCUCAUAAAUAAAAUUAGAAGAUGUGAACUUACCCAUGUGAAAAAACUGAAUCACAUAUCAAACGAAAACAUUACAAUUGUGACGUACAUUCACAAAAUAGCUGUUUACGUAUUUAUUUUAGUUUUAACAACGACUGGUACUCCUUUAGAACCACAUUUGAUUUUUAUGUCUAUAAACAUAUACAAUUUACUUAAAACAUCGGUGCAUCAUGCAACUUUUGCUGUUAAUUUAAUAUCAGAAGUGAAAGUGUGUAUAACCCGCAUCGAAAUAUUUUUGCUAUCGGAUCACGAAGCAGCUAUUGGCAAACAAAAAACAGAAGAAAUGCAAGGUUGUAAAAUAUAUGCUCGUAAUUUAACGGCUCAAUGGAACUCAUCAAAAAGAGCGACAAUAAAAGACGUAAAUUUCAAACUUGAUUGUGGUCAGCUAGUAGCAGUUACCGGAGACACAGGGAGCGGAAAGUCUUCUUUAUUCCAAACUAUAUUGCAAGAACUACUUAUAGUCGACGGAAUUCUCUCCCAGGAUGGUUUGAUAUCUUAUGCAUCCCAAAAUCCAUGGGUGUUUUCGGCAACCAUCCAAGAAAACAUCAUUUUUAAUGAAACCUUUAACAAGAACAAGUAUUUGAAUGUUCUUAACAUUUGCGCUUUGAAGUAUGACAUAUCUCUUUUUUCGCAUGGAGACAAAACAUUGGUGGGAGAAAGAGGAGCUAUGUUAAGUGGAGGCCAGAAAGCCAGAAUUAACUUGGCACGAGCUAUAUACAAAGAUGCAGACAUCUAUCUUUUAGAUAAUCCUCUAGCGGCGAUGGAUGUAUGUGUCGCUCAACAAAUUUUUACUCAAUGUAUUUUGCAAUAUCUAAAAACCAAAAGUGUUGUACUAAUAACAGACAAUUUAAAAUUUCUCAACUAUUCCGACAGAGUAUACGUUCUAAAAGAUGGGACGGUAAAGUUUUCUGGAAGAUAUAAAACAUUAGAAGAGGCACCAAAUAACAUACCAGAAAACAGUAACAAAACACUGACAAAACCCUCUGAAAAACAUUAUAAAGCCCAAAUUGAAACUAGAGAACACAGAGGUAGUGAUGAAGUCAACACAUAUACAACAUAUUUAUUUGCCAAUGGAAGCAAGUUCUUCGUCUAUCUUCAGUGCUUCCUUUUCAUUUUAAGUCAAGUUUUUAUGAACGGUUCAGACGUGUUCUUGUCUUUCUGGAUCAACCUGAGGCAAAAUCCUACUAAAUUUAGCAUAACACUGCUGCAAUACUUUUCCGACGUCAAAUGUUUGUACAUUUACAGUGGAUUUAUCCUAAUAAUGGUAUUUUUGUUUCACAUGGGUUCUUUAAACUUUGUAGAAUGCUGCAAUAAGUACUCCGUUAAGUUACACGAUACGCUAUUCAACAAAAUACUGUAUGGAACUAUGAAGUUUUUCGACAAUCAUCCAUCUGGUCGAAUUGUUAAUAGAAUUUCUAGUGAUAUGGGUACCAUCGAUGAGACCAUUCCGAAAUAUAUGUAUCAAGCUGCAAGACAAAUUUGUACUGUGUUAGGUAAGAGCCCUAUUUAUACUCACGUGGUAGCUACCAUUGACGGAUUGACAACCAUUAGAGUUUCAGAAGCCCAAAAAUACUCUUUUUUAGGUGAUAUGGUAGGAAACGUUGGUUUAUCCAUUACAGAAUCGCUCUUAAUGAUUUCAGCGAUACAGUACAUGGUCAAGAUUUAUGGUGAGCUUGAAACACAGAUGACUUCAGUUGAAAGAGUUGCGGAAUACGAUGACCUAACAGUUGAAGAUAAUAAUAAAAGCGAAAUUAACCCUCCUGCCGCAUGGCCUGCAGAAGGCCAAAUACUAUUUCAAUCGGUUUCCAUGCGAUAUUCUCCGGAAAAGCCGUCUGUCCUUAGGAACAUCUAUCUCGAAUUUCAAGCUGGUGAAAAAAUUGGAAUCGUUGGAAGAACUGGUGCCGGAAAAUCAUCUUUGAUAAAUGCGCUCUUUCACUUGUACGAAUUCGAAGGAACAAUCUUAAUAGACAACGUCGAUAUAAAAACGGUUCCUCUUGGCACUCUGAGAUCUCGAAUAGCGACUGUUCCUCAAAAUCCUGUUCUUUUCUCAGGAACCAUACGCGAAAAUUUAGAUCCUUUCAAAGAAUUCACGGACUGCCAGCUAUGGACUGCUCUAGAAGAAGUGAAUCUGAAACUCAUUGUUUCAGAUUUACCCUCUGGUUUGAACAAUUCUCUUUCGGAAGGCGGGGUCAAUUUUAGUGCGGGACAGAAACAGCUAAUGUGUUUAGUUAGAGCUAUUUUAAAAAAAUGCACCAUUAUUGUUCUUGACGAAGCAACUGCUUUUCUUGAUUUAAACACGGAGAAAUUGAUUCAAAAUACAAUUCAGAAGAGAUUUCAUAAAGCAACGAUUUUAAGAAUUGCACAUAGACUGGACAGCGUUAUGCAUUCGGACAAGAUUUUGGUUUUAGAUAAUGGUUGUGCCGUGGAAUUUGGCACCCCAAAUGGACUUCUACAAAACGUUAAUGAUGGCAAAACGCUGACCAAAAUAAUUGAAUAA